AUUUGGGGUUGGUGAGUUCGAAGGUUGCGUUGCGAUGAUGGAACUGAAUCGACAGAGCUUACCGCCUGGCCAAGCACCCGAUGGUCCGAUGGGAUCCGAUCAGCUGUACCACUUGGUUCUGGAGCUGUCCGUGCCCGAACAACGUGAAGGCGCAUUGCUGGAACUGAGCAAGAAACGCGAGGAGUUCCCAGAAUUGGCGCCGAUCCUGUGGCACUCGUUUGGAACCGUCGCGGCGCUGUUGCAAGAGAUCAUCUCGAUUUACCCGCUCCUGUCCCCGCCGCAGCUCACCGCGCAUGCGUCGAACCGUGUGUGCAACGCGCUGGCGCUUCUGCAGUGCGUCGCGUCGCACGCCGAGACGCGGACGCAUUUCCUGAACGCGCACAUUCCGCUGUACUUGUACCCGUUCUUAAACACCGUGAGCAAGAACCGACCGUUCGAGUACCUUCGACUGACGUCGUUGGGGGUCAUCGGUGCGUUGGUGAAGAUUGACGACACGGACGUGAUCAACUUCUUGCUGCAGACCGAGAUCAUCCCGCUAUGUCUGCGCAUUAUGGAAGCGGGCAGCGAAUUGUCCAAGACGGUCGCGACGUUCAUCGUGCAAAAGAUCCUCCUCGACGAAAUGGGAUUGACGUACAUCUGCCACACCCCCGAGCGCUUCUACGCCGUGGGGUCGGUCCUGUCCAAAAUGGUCACCAUGUUGGUCGAGGCUCCGUCCACGCGACUGCUUAAGCACAUUAUCCGGUGCUACCUCCGACUCUCGGACAACGCCCGCGCCAAGGACGCGCUGCGCCAAUGCCUCCCCGAAGUCCUACAAAACCAAACGUUUGACGACGUGUUGAAGGAAGACAUGACGACCAGUCGAUGGUUGUCCCAGCUGUUGUACAACCUCCACGACACGAGCAACACCAGCGGCAGCGUCGGCAUGACCUUGUCCGGCCCGUCGUCGUCGCGGACGUAAUACACCACGAAGAAGAAUCCAUUAGAAUUAACGGUUGAUAACAAAUCGUUCAACAGUUGUCUGGAACUGCGAUACGGUGCUGGGA